GCACGAGGGAAAAUCCCAACCCCCAAUCUACCAACACCUCCAGGUCACCCUCUUGCGUCGCCUAGCUCCCUCAAGCGCCGCCAGCUUUCAUGCUCUUCUUCCCCUUUGGCUGAGAGGCGUUAAUUGACCCCAGACUUCUCUCCUUCGGCCUGCCAGCGAGCCCGUUCUCUUUGAAAGCAUCGGUCCCUACCCUCCACCAUGUACCCUCUCCGCACCCGAGCCGCGGCCGCGGCCGUGUCCAGGUCCGCCCUCCGCCGAGUCGCCAGAUCCUCGAUACCGCGCGCCUCGGCCGGUCUGCUGCAGCCAUGUGCGAAGCGCUACACUACCUCAUCUGAGAGUCGGCAGGAGGGCGCGCGCACCGCCAUCAUGAAGAUUCUAAAGGAUGUUGGUUCCAAGCGCGAGAUCCAGCAGUACCUGGCGCAAUUCAGCUCCGUUCAGUCGCAGCAAUUCGCCGUCAUCAAAGUCGGCGGCGCCAUCCUGACGGAUCACCUGGACGCACUGUGCACCGCUCUGCGCAACCUGACCACCAUGGGCUUGUAUCCUGUCAUUGUCCAUGGUGCCGGUCCGCAAUUGAACAAGUUGAUUGAGGCGGCGGGUGUCGAGCCCGAGUUUGAGGAGGGUAUUCGCGUCACCGAUGCGAAGACUCUGGGCAUUGCCCGCAAGCUCUUCCUCGAGGAGAACAUGAAGCUGGUUUCGGCGCUGUGGGCCGAGGGCGUGCGCGCUCGUCCCAUCACCGCGGGCGUCUUGACCGCCGAUUACUUGGACAAGGAGAAGUGGAAGCUGGUCGGUCAGAUCACUCAGGUUAACCCCAAGCCCAUUGAGGCUGCCAUUGAGGCCAAGGAGCUGCCCGUUUUGACCUCUAUGGCCGAGACGGAGGAGGGCCAGGUCCUCAACGUCAAUGCCGACGUUGCUGCCGGCGAGCUGGCUCGCGCGCUUGAGCCAUUGAAGAUUGUCUAUCUCUCGGAGAAGGGCGGUCUAUGGAACGCCAGCACCAACGAGAUGAUUUCGUCCAUCAACCUGGACGAGGAGUACGAUCACCUGAUGGCGCAGCCCUGGGUCAAGCACGGCACCAAGCUGAAGAUUAAGGAGAUGAAGAAGCUGCUUGACGACCUGCCCAAGUCUUCCUCUGUCGCCAUUAUCCAUCCUUCUUUCCUCGAGAAGGAGCUUUUCACCGACUCUGGCGCCGGUACUCUGAUCAGGAGGGGCGACAAGCUCCAGACUGCGUCGCAGAUCACUGAGUUUCCCGAUCUCGCCAAGCUGAAGGAGGUUCUGAUCCGUGACCGCAAGGGUCUUGAUGCCGAGGCUGUUGUCGACCGUUACAUCCAGAGCCUGUCCAAGCGCCCGUUCAAGGCUUACUUUGAUGAGAAGAUGGAGGCGCUCGCCAUUGUCCACCCUCCCAGCGAGUCGAGCAAGACUGCGCACCUGGCCACCUUCACCGUCACCAAGCCCGGCUGGUUGACCAACCUCGCCGGCAAUAUCUUCACUCACCUGCAGAGCGACUUCCCUCGUCUUAUGUGGACCGUUGACACGCACGACGAGAACCUGCCUUGGUUCUCUGAGCGCGCCGACGGUACUCUCCGCCACAGCGACGAGGUCCUGUUCUGGCACGGCAUCACCGACCUUGACGAGGUCCGCCAGCUGAUGCUCGAGUUCAAGCAGCACGGCCGCUCUAUGUUUGGUGACAUCAACCUCGAGUCUCAGCUCGACCGUGCCGCCAAGUACGCUGAAGGCCUCCGCGCCCGCGCUGCUCAGAACUCGCAGACCCGCUCCUACUCCACCAUGCGCACUCUCUCUUCGCAGACCUCGCCCAUGGGCCGUGUGACGGCUGCUCUCCCCCGCUCCACCCGCGGCUACGCCACCACGACCAACCCCAACCCUCCGUACGGCAUCAAGUACAAGAGCAAGGACUGGCCCUCCAAGGUCGCUUUGAUUGGUGCCCGCGGCUACACUGGUCAGGCUCUGAUUGACUUGAUGAACAACCACCCCAACAUGGAUCUGCGCCACGUUUCGUCGCGCGAGCUCGCGGGCAAGAAGCUGCAGGGCUACAGCAAGCGCGAGAUUACGUACGAGAACCUGUCGCCGGACGACGUGCGCAAGAUGGCGGAGAAGGGCGAGGUGGACUGCUGGGUCAUGGCCAUGCCCAACGGCGUGUGCAAGCCGUUUGUGGACGCGAUUGACGAGGUCGGCAACCCGGAGACGGUGAUAGUGGACCUGUCGGCCGACUACCGCUUCGACUCGAAGUGGACGUACGGGCUGCCGGAGCUGAUUGACCGCUCCAAGAUUGCCAACGCCACGCGCAUCGCCAACCCGGGCUGCUAUGCCACGGCGGCGCAGAUUGGCAUUGCGCCGCUGGUCGACUUUAUCGGCGGCGGGCAGCCGACGGUUUUCGGUGUCUCGGGCUACUCGGGCGCCGGCACCAAGCCCAGCCCCAAGAACGACGUGCAGAAUCUGACCAACAACCUGAUUCCGUACAGCUUGACGGACCACAUCCACGAGCGUGAGAUUUCGGACCAGCUGAAGACGGCGGUGGGCUUCAUCCCGCACGUGGCAGUGUGGUUCCAGGGGAUUCACCACACGAUCAACAUCCCGCUCAAGCAGGAAAUGAAGGCGCGCGACAUCCGCCAGCUCUACCAGGACCGCUACGCCGGCGAGAAGCUGAUCAAGGUGGUAGGCGAGAGCCCGCUGGUCAAGAACAUUAGCGGGCGCCACGGCGUCGAGGUCGGCGGCUUUGCCGUGCAUAGCUCGGGCAAGCGGGUUGUUGUGAACGCGACGAUUGAUAACUUGCUCAAGGGUGCCGCCACGCAGUGUCUGCAGAAUAUGAACUUGGCGCUGGGCUAUGGCGAGUACGAUGGUAUUCCGUUGGAUGUGUAGAUGUGGGGUAUUUUUGGGGUUUGAUGGGGAGGGGCAUGUGUGUGAGUGGUCGGGAGUAGAUAAAACCAUUUCGUUUUUUGGACGGGUAGGUGGGGUUUGUGGUGGGUGGAUGUGGUGAAGUGGGAUGGAUGGUGACUAUACCAACCAGACCACGCACGCCCACGCACGCACGCACCCAUCAAAGCCGUUUCUUACUUUUUACUUUUCCUCUUUUUUGUUGCUUAUCUUGUUGUAUAUGUUACAUAAGUGUAUCAUGACUUGGAUGGAUGGAGGGGCGGGUGUAGCAAUGCAUGCAUUUACCUUUUGUUUUAUCUUAACUACUAUUCUACCC